AGAGCAGGUACUCAGCAAGGCGUUCUCAGCUCCGGGACUUGCAAGCACAGGGCUCCCCUAUCUCGCGGACGUAGUGAUUCCCUAAAGUUAAGAGCACCCUGGAAUCUGACUUCUCCAAAGAAGUGACAUCGACCCAGCCAGGUGAAGAUCUCUGGAGACCAUGUCCAAGAAAAGAGUUGCUGUGAUUGGAGGAGGAGCCAGCGGGCUCAGCUCUAUCAAGUGCUGCCUGGAAGAAGGCUUGGAACCUGUUUGCUUUGAAAGGACUAAUGACAUCGGAGGGCUCUGGAGGUUCCAGGAAAAUCCUGAAGAAGGAAGAGCCAGUAUUUACAAAUCAGUGAUCAUCAAUACUUCUAAGGAGAUGAUGUGCUUCAGUGACUAUCCCAUCCCAGAUCAUUAUCCCAACUUCAUGCACAACUCCAAUGUCUUGGAAUAUUUCAGGAUGUAUGCCAAAGAAUUUGACCUUCUAAAGUAUAUUCGAUUUAAGACCACUGUGUGCAGUGUGAAGAAGCAGCCUGAUUUCUCUACUUCGGGCCGAUGGGAGGUGGUUACUGAGUGUGAAGGGAAAAAGGAGGUCAAUAUCUUUGAUGCCGUUAUGGUUUGCACUGGCCAUCACACCAACGCUCACCUUCCUCUGGAAAGCUUCCCUGGAAUUGAGAAGUUCAAAGGACAGUACUUCCACAGUCGAGACUAUAAGAGCCCAGAGGUUUUCACUGGGAAGAGAGUCAUUAUCAUUGGCCUUGGGAAUUCCGGAGGGGAUCUGGCUGUGGAAAUAAGCCAUACAGCCAAGCAGGUUUUCCUUAGUACCAGGAGAGGGGCUUGGAUCCUGAAUCGUGUAGGAGAUCAUGGAUAUCCUUUUGAUGUAUUGUUCUCAUCUCGAUUUAAAUAUUUUUUGACGAAGAUGUGUAGCCAAUCACUUAAAAAUGCGUAUUUGGAAAGAAAGAUGAACCAAAGAUUUGACCACGAAAUGUUUGGCCUGAAGCCUAAACACAGAGCUCUGAGUCAGCAUCCAACAGUAAAUGAUGACCUGCCAAAUCGUAUCAUUUCUGGCUUGGUGAAGGUGAAAGGAAAUGUGAAGGAAUUCACAGAGACAGCAGCCAUAUUCGAGGACGGCUCCAGGGAAGAUAACAUUGAUGCUGUGAUCUUUGCUACAGGCUAUAGCUUUGACUUUCCUUUUCUUGACGAUUCAGUGAAAGUGGUCAAAAACAAGAUAUCUUUGUACAAAAAGGUCUUCCCCCCUAACCUGGAAAAGCCAACUCUUGCAAUCAUAGGCUUAAUCCAGCCUCUGGGAGCCAUUAUGCCUAUUGCCGAGCUCCAAGGACGCUGGGCCACUCAAGUAUUUAAAGGACUAAAGACACUGCCCUCACAAAGUGAAAUGAUGUCAGAAAUAUCUAAGGCUCAAGAGGAAAUGAAAAAAAGGUAUGUGGAAAGCCAACGUCAUACCAUUCAGGGAGACUAUAUAGAGACCAUGGAAGAGAUUGCUGAUUUGGUGGGGGUCAGGCCCAAUCUGCUGUCGCUGGCCUUCACUGACCCCAAGCUGGCAUUAUACUUAUUCCUGGGACCCUGUACUCCAAUCCAGUAUCGUCUCCAGGGCCCUGGAAAAUGGCAUGGGGCUCGAAAAGCUAUCCUUACCACAGAAGAUCGUAUCAGGAAGCCUAUGAUGACAAGAGCAAUUGAAAAGAGUAAUUCCAAAACUUCAGUAAUGACAAUGGGAAGGUUUAUGCUGGCUGUUAUUUUAUUUGCUAUAAUUAUGGCUUAUUUUUAACAGUCCUGUUGUUAUUGCCCUGGCUUUCAUUGAGAAUCUUGAUGUCUUCGAAACCCUAGAUUGAAUGAUUGUCACCUUCAUAACAUCCAGUAAUCUUUCAUUUUUUUUAAAAGCACCAAUCCUCUAUCUUCUUUGUCCUAUAGUGAAAUCAUAGUUUUUCAUUUUUAUUGACUCAUCUCCCUUCCUUUCAUGACUCAUUACUUUUUCCUUCCAGUAAUCUCUAGAGUUGGGUACUCUUUAUGUCCUUAGCAUAGUUCUUGACAGGUGAAAGCUGUUUAAUAAUUUUUUCUUUAAUCUCCUGGGAGCAUAAA